CAGUUCUGAAGGUUCCAGAAUUCCGAGACAUAGAAAAAGAUCCCCCACGUUUAGCUGUACGUGAAAGAUCCAGUGAAUCUGGGCCUUGUUUCAGCAGAAAUAUGAUGCCUUCACUAAAUGCAAAGCCUGGCCUGCACCGCAGUGUGUCAGAGUGGACCAGCAACAAUCAGCAGCUGUCUGCCACAGCUCAACACGAACGACACAUUUCGAAUGUCAUCAGACAGGAAGGGAGGACACUACGCAACGAGACUAACUUUAAGACACGCUGGGAUGAGACUGAUACGUGUCGUAGGCUGAGUGACCGUGUUUGGGAUGUUGCUCGGUGGAAGGAAGUGUUGGAGACUUGUGCUCAGAAGGUGGAUGAAGAGAUGGAGACUCUGACACUGUCCAAAGAGCACACCGAGCAAGCUUUGGCUGCCACUGCUGUUCCUCUGGAGGUCACCACUGAAUGCCUGACACUGAGGGAGGGACGGCAAGGGCACGAGCUGGUAACGGACCCUGUGGAUGAACAGCUGAAGAAAGAGGUGGAGCUGAUUGAAAGAGUGCAGCAAGUUCUGCAGCAGCACACUAGCAGGGCCUUUGAGCAGCUAUGCAUUCUGCAGGAGGUGCGGCACCAGCUGACUGCUGAUCUCCAGAACAAGAUGGAUGCCCUGGAUAUUGACAUGUCCUGUCUGUCACUUACGAUAAAAUCGCCCCACAUCUCCCUAAAGACCAACCCGACUCGUAUACCAUCAGGUUCCUCCACCCCCCAGGAGUGGGUCCAGUUCAGCCAGCAUAAUGUGGCUCGUGCCCAUGAGGCGAUGCAGGUUUCCCAGCAAAUAAGGGAGGAUAUGAACCUCACCCGAGCACAGCUGCAGAAUGAGUUGGAGACUCAGCGCAGAGCCACAGAGUUUGCUCUCCGCAAACGUAAUCACCACGAAGAGCAGGCCCGACAUGAGCUGGAGUGGCAAAUAAAAACUACUGAGGAGGAAAUGGCAGAAAUGGAAAGUGACAUCCACGGGCUGGAUGCAGAUCUGCAGGCGAAGACAGCCAACCUGAAGCUUGCUCACACCAGACUGGAGACCAGGACCAACAGGCCUAACAUGGACCUGUGCAGAGACGAGGUGCAGCACGGCCUCGUUAAUGAAGUCCAGCAACUGGAGGCCACGAUCGCAGCUCUGAAGCAGAAGCUCUCUGAAGCUCAGCACUCUCUGCAGAAAAUGAAGCUGCAUCACUCCCGCAUGCUGCAGGAUCUUUCCAGAAAACAGGAAGCUCUGUCUCUGGAACAACGAAGCCUGAACACUCGCGCUCGCCUCACAUCAACCUCCAGCACUGACAAUAAAAACUCGACGCUCGUGGUCCCGCUGGCAAACUCCAGUGGGAGGAGCAACCUGCAGCUGCUGGCUCAGUGAGAAGAUGGUCUGAAUGUUUUUUAGGGGAAAAAAUCUAAUAGUUAUUUUAAGUUUGAUUUGUUUAAUCCUGCAGUCAUAAACAAGCAAUGGACACACAAAACUCUACUCACACUCUCAGUAAAAGUUUGGGCACAGUUCCCUUCACAAAGUAAUCCCAAAGAAAAAAAACAAACUCACUCCUCUUGUAAAAUUAUUCUCAUGACCUCCUUUUUGUGUCGUUAAUUUGCAUUUUUGUGUAUCAUAAUCCAGCAAGAAAUGAUUGAAUUAUCAUCUCUAAAUUGUGGCUUAAACAGUCUUUUGAGUAAAAUAAAGAUUCACUCUU